AUUGAGUUCUGCAGCAAAGAUUUGCGAUUGGUUCUGGUUAUUCCACUCUUUCAAUAUGCUGGUGUUGUACGAGACGGCAAUGGGCUAUUGCCUGUUCAAACUGUCUGACUCGGCCAAGCUCGAGUCAGCAGAUCUGUACAAAAGUUUUGAAACGCCAGAGAAGGCGACAAAAUUAUUGAAGCUGAAAGCGCUUCACCGUUUCACGUCGACAGCUACCGCAGUAGAGGAUCUGACUGCUGUGCAGGAGGGUAAACUUGGAAAGGGUCUGAAGAAAUUCUUGACCGAACAGGUCGUGGAGAAAGCAAAACGGAAAGAAACCUUGGUGGUGGUCGACCCAAAACUAGCCCAUUCCAUCUCAAAAAAAUUGAGCAUCCAAGUCACCUCUCCUUCACCAGAAGACCACAGUGACUUAUGGAGGGGUAUCCGAAGUCAAAUUGCCGCAUUACUUGACGGCCUUGACCCAAAAGAUCUUGCUACCAUGAGCUUAGGUCUCAGCCAUUCGCUCUCGCGAUUCAAACUCAAGUUCUCUCCCAAUAAAGUCGACACAAUGAUCGUGCAAGCUAUUGCGCUACUGGAUGAUCUCGAUAAAGAGAUCAAUAUAUAUUCCAUGCGAGUGAAGGAAUGGUAUGGAUGGCAUUUUCCCGAAAUGGGGAAGAUUAUCGUUGACAACCUUGCCUAUGCUAAGGUUGUACGAUUAAUGGGUUUCCGCACGAAUGCCGCUACGACAGCAUUUGAAACCAUACUGCCGGAAGAUCUCGAAGCUGUCCUAAAAGCUGCUGCUGAAAUAUCCAUGGGAACCGAAAUAUCUGACAGCGAUAUUCAGCAUAUACAUGCACUAUGUGACCAAGUCAUAUCCAUAACUGCAUAUCGUGCGCAACUUGCGGAGUACCUGCGGAAUCGUAUGAACGCAGUGGCACCAAACCUUACCGCACUGGUCGGCGACCUUGUUGGGGCACGGCUUAUAUCACACGCUGGAAGUUUGUUGAGUCUGGCGAAGCACCCAGCUAGUACGGUGCAAAUUCUCGGUGCAGAAAAGGCUCUUUUCCGUGCCCUCAAGACUAAACACGAUACCCCGAAAUAUGGACUCAUCUAUCAUGCCUCCCUCAUUGGUCAAGCACCCCCAAAACUGAAGGGCAAGAUGGCCCGUAUGGUUGCUACUAAAGCCGCACUUUCGAUUCGUGUCGACGCAUUGACGGACGCUGAUGGCAAAUCAGAAGAAACCGCUCCUUCAAUAGGGCUUGAAAACCGUGCAAAAUUGGAGUCUCGCCUACGUGCACUGGAACACCAAAACGAUAUGUCUGGUGUACGAAGAUUUGGAGACAAAAGUCAACAACCGCAACGCUUUGAGAUGAAGGGCCAGACGAAGACAUACAACACGGCUGCAGAUGCUGUAGACUUGGUUCCAGCACAACGUGACCCUUUGGAGCUAGCAGUCCAAGCUGUUCUCGACGUGAAGGAGGAGAAGAAGAAGUUGAAGGAGGAGAAAAAUGGGAAAAAGAAAGCCGAAAAGGAGAAGAAGGCGAAGGCGGAGUCGGAUGAUGACCAAAUGGACGUCGAGGAGGACGGGCAAAGCAAAGCCAAGAAACGGAAGAGAAGAGAAAGCGAGGUUAAUGGUUCUGAAGCUCCCAAGGAGGAUGGAGAAACGGAAGCAGAACGCAAAGCCAGGAAGAAGGCACGCAAGGCGGAAAAGGCUGCGGCAGCUGCAGCUGCAGCUACUUCUCAAGUGGACGGUGACCCACCCAAGAAGAAGAAAAAGAAGGCGGAGGUGUAGUCUGGCAGAGUGGCAUGAGAGUUGUUAUCUGUUGUUAUUUCUAGCCUUCACGUUGCCGCCAUCUUACAGUAUUUUGAAUUUUCAUUCGAUUGAGAAGCUCGCGAUACAAAUUAUUAUAAGCAAA